CCACUUCAACCAUCAACCUUCUUCUUCACUCCCAUCAAAGCAGAGCAGCUAUCUUUCUCCUUCACAUUCCAUUUUCUCUCACUCUCCUUCAUUAAAGCUCUGCACUUUCUCAAACAGAAUGUUCAUGGGAAAGAUGAGUCUUUUGGGAUUUGUUCUGGUGGGAUUUGCUGUAAUGGUGUGCUCUGUUCAUGGUUAUGACGCUGGAUGGGUCAAUGCUCAUGCUACCUUCUAUGGUGGAAGUGAUGCUUCAGGAACAAUGGGUGGGGCUUGUGGCUACGGGAACCUCUAUAGUCAAGGAUACGGAACCAACACGGCGGCGUUGAGCACCGCACUGUUCAACAACGGUCUUAGCUGCGGCGCGUGUUUCGAGAUCAAGUGUCAGAGCGACGGCGCGUGGUGUUUACCUGGUGCUAUCAUAGUCACAGCCACCAAUUUCUGCCCUCCUAAUAACGCUCUUCCCAAUAACGCUGGUGGUUGGUGUAACCCUCCGCUUCACCAUUUUGAUCUCUCUCAGCCGAUUUUCCAACGCAUUGCUCAGUACAAAGCUGGUGUUGUCCCUGUUUCUUACCGAAGGGUUCCGUGCAUGAGAAGGGGAGGCAUAAGGUUCACAAUUAAUGGCCACUCUUACUUCAACCUGGUUUUGGUGACCAAUGUUGGUGGUGCUGGAGAUGUUCACUCUGUAGCGGUUAAAGGUUCAAGAACAAGGUGGCAACAAAUGUCAAGAAACUGGGGUCAAAACUGGCAAAGCAACAAUCUUUUAAAUGGUCAAGCAUUGUCCUUUAAGGUUACUGCUAGUGAUGGUCGUACCGUCGUCUCUAACAACAUUGCUCCGGCUAGUUGGUCUUUUGGACAAACCUUCACCGGCCGUCAAUUCCGUUGAAAUUGUGUUAAGUUCAGUUUUAUGCAGUUUAGGGUUUGUGUAGUAGUGGUUCAGGAAAGAGGAGAGAAAGAGAGAGGGUUUAAGGCUUUUUAGGGUUUUAAGUGGAGAGCCUUAAAACUUCUUCUUUGACUCUGAGGGGUAAAAUGGAGAAAGGAGCUUAUUUUAAAAGGGCUCUUUUGGUCAUUUUAAGGAUUAGGGUUUUAGUAAGUGGGUAUUGAGUAGUAGAGUGGUGUGUCUAAGGGACCUCUAUGUUUCACCAAUGGGUUCCUUUGUUUUAUCACUUUUUAUUUUGUUUUAUCUUUUUUCUAGCUUCUGUCUUGUGGUUUAAAAAAGCAGAAGUGGGUAGGGGCAGAGGAGGAAAUUCACCACCCGCCAUGUGUUUUACUUUUUGGGUCGUUUUGGUUUAUGUUAUCAAGUUGUCAUGUAAGGGUUAAAGUUGUUUAAGAUCAGCUUUACCUGGGCUUUGAUAAGUGUUUUGUUACCUUACUAUGAAAUUUAUGUGUUUUGUGUGAUUUUAAGCU